AUGUCAUACACCAUGUGUGCCCAGUGUUUUCAGCCUUUCCCAGAUGGAGUAUUUUAUGAGUUUGAGGGGCGGAAGUAUUGUGAACACGACUUCCAUGUGCUGUUUGCUCCAUGCUGCGGAAAGUGUGGUGAGUUUAUAGUCGGACGUGUGAUCAAGGCCCUCAACAACAGCUGGCAUCCGGACUGUUUCCGUUGUCAGUUGUGUGACAACUCCUUUGCUGAUACAGGCUUUGUCAAGAAUGCAGGAAGAGCCCUGUGUCGAGACUGCAAUGCCCACCAGAAGGCGAGGGCUAUCGGCAAGUACGUCUGCCACAAGUGUCACGCCAUCAUCGAGGAGGGACACAUCAAGUACAAGGGAGAGGCCUUCCAUCCCUACCACUUCAACUGCAACUCAUGCAGGUAA